GCAUGUUUAAUGUAAUGUUAGUGUGAUAAAACCGAGGCAGAAGAUAGAAACGACCGAAAAUGGCCGCAGGCUCAGCCGUGGCCAUGAUAGGCGCCAACCUCCGGUUCGGCAGCAGCGCAGCAAACGCAAGUCUAAACGCAACCAGGGUGUUCCAGUGCCACCCGGGGGGUACCGCCGAAGCCGCCCUCAUCUUCGCCCUGGGCACAAUGGGGAUGGCCGCCAAUCUGGCGCUCAUGGGCGUCAUCCUCGCCAACAGACAGCUCCGAAGAUGGUCCCAGGGCCUGCUUUUCCAUCAGGGCGCGGUGGACUGCGCCCGGGCCGCGCUCCUACUACCCCUGGGCAUUUCAAUACUCCACUGCCAACCGGUGCAGAAGUGCUCCCUGGUGGAGACCGCAUUCCUGCUCUUGGUCACAGUCGCCACAGUUAACAUGCUAACGACAGUUCUGAACGACUCGCCCGUUUUUCCCGAAGACGAUGACGCCGACGACGUCACAAUGACUGACGCACCCUUGCUCAUGGACUCGCCGCAAUGCGUUCUGUUCGGGACUUUCAUGAUUUGGUUCGCGAGCAUUACCAUUAAUUUGGGACCCACUUUCCUUAGCGGUGCACUUGCUGCCCAGGGCGAGGCGGGCCACAAGGCGCCGUCGUGUCCGCUGAUCCACGGUCCACUCCGCCACUACAUCCUCAACGCGCUGUGGAUCGCCGUCAACCUGGUGUGCGUCUUCCUCACGCUGUUCCACCUGCGCAAGCUGCACCGGGACCUCACCAAGGCGAACGUGGAGGCGGUUCGAGUCGCCGGCCUCGUCACGACGCUCGUCAACGUCACGGGCGGCGGGUCGGCCGGACAGAACAACGCGCAGGGCGAGAGGGCAACCGGGGCUAUGGAGGAGCACCGGAGGAUGCGGGAGUAUCUGAGAAGGAUGGAACGUGAUGGUGUGCAACGCGUGAAAAUGUUCCUCGUCAUAACGGCGGCGUACGUCCUAUUCUGGGGACCGUUGUUCUUCGUCACCCUCGUCAACCACCCCAUCGUAGGAAACCCGCUGGGUCACGAGAUCACGUUGCACAUAUCAUACGUCCACGCGAUAGUAAACCCGACAUUGUUCCUGGUGCUGCACCGCGGUCUGCGACGGGCCAUGCUCGACCUGUGCUGCGGCUGGAUACCGCUCUGGAUGGGCUCGCCGGCCGUGCCGCCGCCGCCCGAUCCGCCCCGCGCCGACAUCGCCCUCCUGAAGCCGCCCCUGCCGGCGCCCGCCCACCCCGAUAGCUCUAUGGGAGACUCCGAUCUGAGCCCGUGGACUCCGGAGCCGCUGAACGGCGGCAUCCAGAUACCCCACUACUCGAGCCCGGAGCCGAGCUCGCCCCCCGGGAGCGACUAG